GGCGGUAAUGAUGUGAAGUCGAAAGGGAGCUGGCGGGAGAGGAGGCGGGAAGGGUAUAGAAAGUGAGAAUGGCAGACCAGGGGUUGGAGAUGGCUUCGAUGAUUCCAGCUCUCAGGGAACUAAGCAGUGCUAGUCCAGAGGAAUACAGCACUGUGGUACAGAAGCCAAGACAAAUACUCUGCCAGUUCAUUGAUCGAAUCUUAGUGGACGUAGAUGUUGUGGCUCUAGAACUUGUUAAGAAAACUGAGUCUCAACCAAGUUCUGUAAUGUUGCUUGACUUUAUUCUACAUAUCAUGAAAUCAUCCCCACUUAUAUUCAUAAAUAUAACGGGAACACAUCAGCAAAGUGAUGCAGAAGCCAGCUGUAUUGAAUUCAGCAACUGGAUCAUAGCAAGGCUUUUGAGAAUUGCUGCCACUCCAAACUGCCAUGCUUUACAUGAGAAUAUUAGUAAUGUCAUUUGUUCUUUACUGUGCCUUUUCAAAGUAAAAAACUGUACCAUAUUUGACUUGUUGACCAAAGAAUUAUUGCAUCUUCUUCAAGAUCUGAUCUUACUCCAUGAAAGAAAUGUGGACUUUCACUCUAAGGACAAUACAUUGAGUUGGCCUGUGAUUAUGAACAGAUUUUUGUGCAACUCUAGUGUACAUCUGGGCUGUUUAAGUUCUGUUCAGCUACAGUUAAUGGACAUAAGCAAUGUGGAAUGCUUGGAAAUAACUUUGAUAAGAAUUCUUACUGACAUAGUUUCUUAUAUGUUUUUUAAACGACAGGAUAUCAUCCUUUGGGGAAUAGGAUGUUCCCUGUUGGAGUAUGGUAGUCCAAAAGUCAAAGUUUUGAGUAUAACCUUUUUAACAGAACUGGUACAGCUAGGGGGGCCUCCAGAAGAACUAGCCAGCAGUUUUUUCCCAAUGUUUUUUGGAAUCCUGCAGUCCAUUCAUGGAAUGGAUUCUGCAGAGUUGGGCCUCUAUGAGGAUCCACUGUUAAUCUUAGUGAAAGCUUUACUUCCGUUUGAAAUGCAUGCCCAUGAGAAUAUUGAACCUGUUUAUUUGAACAUAUUGCUGGAAAAGCUGCGUACAUUGUUUGAAGCUGAUGCAUUGAGGCUUCAGUCUAAGAAGAUCAAAGUAGCUUUAUGCCACAUACUGCAGUAUUUCAUGAUGUUUGUGCCAGCUGGAUAUGAAUCUGCUGUUCCAGUUAGGAGGACCUGUAUUAACAGCAUCUGUAGAUCUUUCGUUGCAGUCAUUGGAAGCCAGGUAGAACAGGAGUAUCUGCUAAGUCCACUUUAUGUGGCCUUGGAAACCGAAGCAGCAGAGAUAAUCCAGGAACUCAAGUUUAGCAAACAUCCAGAGAUGUCUGAUACUGAUGAUGGGAGCAGCAGUAAUGAUGACGUUCCAGGAAAAAAGCCACGUUUAAGUCUGUCCUUAAAGCAAUCUAAAAAGUCUUCAAUGCCGCCAGACCCCACUCCUGUGGAAAUGAAACUGAAAAGCACACUGUGGAAUGCCAUAAGCAAGAAAGGAGAAUCUUUGUUGUUGCUCUUGGAACAAGAUGUUCUUCCAGUGGAAGUUCUGCAAGCUGUAGAUGGAGUUGCUUUAAUAGCCCAGCUGGCUGCUCUGUGCACAGUACACUGUAUGCAAGAUGUCAACAGUGUAGAUAGUCCAGUUGCUCAUCUAUGUAAUGCACAGAGUCAUGAAUGUAAUAAUACUGUUUGGCCUUCAGAAUCAAGAAAACAUAUCCAGUUAAUGUGGAUUUCUUCAGACUUUAUCAGGAGAGCAAUACAAGUUUGUUGGAAACUUUUAGAGUCUGGUUCACAGAUCACUGAUCUAGAACCAGUGAUUCAAAGAGUGGUGAAAAUAACUGAUGCUUUACUUUACAUGCAAGCUAAAACCAAGUUGAAUGAUGAGGUGAUGGAAAACCUCUUUGGAAUACUAUCUCUGCCAUGGAUUUCCAACCACUCUUCUGACUCUCUCUUUGUGCUGCCUGCACUUAAUUUGGAUCUUCUGGCCGUGAGCCAAUAUACUGCAAGGCAUUUUUCACCUGAGACUCUCUCGAAGUGUGUGUUUCUUCUUUCCCUGGUUCCCAAGAAAUUGUAUCUGAAGUGGAGACGUUCUGUUUAUCAGCAUUCGCUACAGAGUCCCCAUGAAGUUAUCAGAGCUAACUGUGUUAAAGGAUUUCCUAUCCUACUACAGCAAUCAGAUGUUAAAUCCUGUACCACAUUGCUUGCGCCUUGCAUGGACCGCAUACACGAUGAAUCUCUAUUAGUCCAGAAAGCUUAUGCCAGUAUCAUUGGAAGUUUGGCUUGCUGUCUUUCUGACAACUUUAUUUUAAGACCUUCUUUAACCAAACCUGACAUCCAGCCCGAAAGCUGUGACAUCCUCUGCAAGAGAUUUAGUGUGGCUCCUUCUCACACAGAAAUGUGUGCAGUGAAGGCUGAAGUGUUCAAGCCAUUUUUAAAUCUUCUUGAAAGCAACAUAGCUAGUUCAGUAAAGCUUGUGUUAAUAGAGAACAUUCCCCUACUUUGUAAACAUCUGGACUUCAGAAACGAUGAGUUAAAUGUAAAAGCUAUAAUUGAGGCUUUCCUAAAGCUAAUGGAAGAUCCAGAUAAAGAAGUAAGAAUGGCUUUUAGCUGCCACAUCAAAUAUAUACUAGAUUCUUCAGGCUCUGAGGAAGGAUUCAUCAAAGAGCUCUUUGUUUCCAGAAUGAAAGCAGCCUAUACAAAUGCUCAGAUAUCAAGAAAUAGUGAGCUGAAGGAUACAUUAAUUCUCACCACAGGAGAUAUUGGAAGGGCUGCAAAGGGGGAUUUGGUGCGCUUUGCUCUCUUGCACUUGUUGCAUUGCUUAUUGUCCAAGUCAGCUUCCGUGGCUGGAGCAGCAUAUACAGAAAUCAGAACUCUGGCUGCAGCCAAGUUUGUGAAACCACAAGUCUUUUUCAGUCAGUAUAAGAAACCUAUAUGUCAGUUUCUAGUGGAAUCUCUACACUCCAAUCAAAUGGCAAUGAUUUCUAGCACUCCCUGCCAAAUGCAGAAACAAGAGAUUGCACAUCAAAGGGAGGCAGCCUUGGACAUGUUAUCAGAAAUUGCCAAUGUUUUUGAUUUUCCAGACCUCAAUCGUUUUCUCAAUCGGAUUCUCCAAGUUCUCUUGCCUGACCUUGCUGCCAAGGCUAGUGCUGCAGCCUCUGUGCUUAUCAGAACUGUAGCAAAGCAACUAAAUGUAAACCGCAGAGAGAUCCUCAUCAACAACUUCAAAUACAUCUUUUCUCACUUAGUCUGCUUCUGUAGUAAAGAUGAGCUGGAGCGAGCACUUCACUACCUCAAGAAUGAAACAGAGAUAGAACUGGGGAGUUUGCUGAGACAGGACUAUCAAGGAUUGCAUAAUGAAUUACUGCUACGCUUAGGAGAACACUAUCAGCAGGUCUUCAAUGGUUUAUCAAUUUUGGCUUCAUUUGCUUCAAAUGAUGACUCCUAUCAAGGACCCAGGGACAUCACAUCUCCUGAGCGAAUGGCUGAUUAUCUGCAACCAAAAUUACUGGGUAUCUUGGCCUUCUUCAACAUGCAGUUGUUGAGCUCCAGUAUUGGAAUUGAGGAUAAGAAAAUGGCCUUAAAUAGUUUGAUGGCUUUAAUGAAGCUUAUGGGUCUCAAGCAUAUUAGUGCAGUGAGAGUGAAGAUGAUGACCACACUCAGGACAGGGCUGAGAUACAAGGAUGAUUUCCCAGAGUUGUGCUGCAAGGCUUGGGACUGUUUUGUACGAUGCUUGGACCAAUCUCAUCUUGGCUCCCUUCUCAGUCAUGUGAUAGUAGCUCUGCUGCCCCUCAUACAUAUUCAACCAAAUGAAACAGCAGCAAUCUUCAAUUUUCUUAUAGUUGAGAACAGGGAUGCAGUACAAGACUUUUUGCAUGAAAUAUAUUUCCUACCUGACCAUCCUAAACUGAAAGAAAUCCAAAUAGUUCUUCAGGAGUAUAGAAAGGAGACCUCCAGGAGCACAGACUUGCAGACAGCACUUCAGCUCUCUAUGAAGGCUAUUCAGCAUGAGAAUGUAGAUGUUCGGAUCCAUGCUCUCACUAGUCUGAAAGAAACAUUAUAUAAAAAUCAAGAACAACUAAUAAAAUAUGCGACAGAUAGCGAAACUGUCGAGCCCAUUAUUUCUCAGCUGGUGACUGUCCUCCUAAUUGGCUGUCAGGAUGUGAAUUCACAUGCACGGCUGCUUUGUGGAGAAUGUUUAGGUGAAUUAGGAGCUGUUGAUCCAGGCAGGUUGGACUUCUCAAUAAGUGAUAACCAAGGCAAAGGACUUACAUUUGUGACGGGAGUAGAAGAUCCACAUUUUGCCCAUGGAUUACUCACUGAGUUGACAAGAGCAUUCCUUGCUUAUGCUGAUAAUGUCAGGGCACAAGAUUCUGCCUCAUAUGCUAUUCAGGAGUUACUGUCUAUCUAUGGUUGUAGGGAGACAGCUUCUGAUUGCUCAGGCUCCAAGCUUUGGAAAAUGUUUCCUGAUCAUAUCCAAGAAAUAUUGGAACCUCAUUUAAAUACUAGAUACAAGAGUUAUCAGAAGGCUGUAAACUGGUCAAAGGUUAAGAAGCCUAUUUACUUAAGCAGAUUAGGCAAAAACUUUGAGGAAUGGUCAGCAACUUGGGCUGGCUACCUUAUAACAAAGGUACGACAUGAUCUUGCCAGUAAGGUUUUUAACUGCUGCUGUAUUAUGAUGAAGAAUGACUAUAAGGUGACAAUCUAUCUCCUUCCCCACAUUCUGGUUUAUGUUCUUUUGGGAUGCAAUCAGGAGGAUCAGCAAGAGGUUUAUUCAGAAAUCAUGGCUGUUCUGAAAAAUGAUGACACCUGUGCAAGAAGAUGUGAGGAUAGUGCUUCAGAUUUGAGUCAACUGAGCACACAGACAGUAUUCUCCAUGCUUGAUCAUUUAACGCAGUGGGCCAGAUAUAAAUUCAAAAGACUGCGUGCUGAGAAAGCUGCUAGCAAGUCAAACAAGGGCCAUGCAGAGUUGCAAGCAACAACUGAGGAAUAUGGAGAAUAUCAAAAUGUAGUCCGUUUUCUUGACCUCAUCCCUCAGGACACACUGGCUGCAGCUUCCUUUCGCUCAAAAGCCUACACAAGAGCAGUAAUGCACUUUGAAUCAUUCAUCAUGGAAAAGAAACAAAGCAUUCAAGAACAUCUUGGAUUUUUGCAGAAAUUGUAUGCAGCGAUGCACGAGCCAGAUGGAGUGCAAGGAGUGAGUGCAAUACGGAAGGCAGAGCCAUCACUCAGAGAACAAAUCCUUGAGCAUGAAAGCAUUGGCUUGUUGAGAGAUGCCACAGCUUGCUAUGACAGAGCAAUUCAGCUAGAGCCUGAGCAGAUAAAUCAUUAUCAUGGUGUGGUGAAGUCAAUGUUGGGUCUUGGGCAGUUCUCUACUGUAAUUACUCAAGUGAAUGGAGUACUUGCAAAGAGACCUGAAUGGAUACCUGAAUUAAAUCCCUACAGAGUAGAGGCAGCCUGGAAACUGACACAGUGGGAUUCACUGGAAAACUACUUAGCUGCAGAUGGGAAAUCCAAUACAUGGAGUGUUAGGCUUGGACAAUUGUUGCUAUCAGCUAAAAAGAAAGAAGCUGCCACUUUCUUUGAAACUUUGAAAGUCGUUCGAGCAGAGCAGAUCGUUCCACUAUCAGCAGCAAGUUUUGAAAGGGGCUCAUAUCAACGAGGAUAUGAAUACAUUAUCAGGUUACACAUGUUGUGUGAGCUUGAGCACAGCGUCGGACCAAUCCUUCAACAAUCUGAUAGCAACUGGGCAAAAGAUUCUCUGAACUGGCAUGCUCGUAUAGAAAUGACACAAAAUUCAUACAGAGCUAAAGAACCUAUUCUGGCACUUAGGCGAGCUUUACUCAGUCUCACUAAAAGAAAGGAUUACAGUGAGCUGAUGGGAGAAUGUUGGCUCCAAAGUGCCCGGGUUGCCCGGAAAGCUGGUCAUCACCAGACUGCCUAUAAUGCUCUCCUCAAUGCUGGCGAGUCUAAGCUAUCUGAACUGUAUGUGGAAAGAGCAAAGUGGCUUUGGUCUAAGGGUGAGGCUCAUCAUGGCCUUAUCAUUCUUCAGAAGGGGGUUGACUUAUGUUUUCCAGAUAGCCAAGUACCAUCUGAUAUAAAAAGUAAACUAAUACAUGGGCAGGCCUUGUUGCUGGUUGGCAGAUUUAUGGAAGAAACAGCCAACUUUGAGAGUAAUGCAGUAAUGAAGAAAUACAAGGAUGUCACUGUUUGCUUGCCAGAAUGGGAAAAUGGACAUUUCUACCUAGCUAAAUACUAUGAUAAAGUGAUGCCUACAGUAACAGAAAACAAGAUGGAAAAACAAGGGGACCUGAUUAAAUAUAUAGUUAUUCACUUUGGAAGAUCUUUACAUUUUGGAAACCAGUUCAUCUAUCAGUCGAUGCCAAGAAUGCUAUCUUUGUGGCUUGACUUUGGAGCAAAAGCAUUUGAUUGUGACAAAGCUAGUCGCCAUGAUCGUGUACAAAUGAAAAAUGACUUGGCUAAAAUCAACAAGGCAAUUGCAGAGCAUGCGCAGCUAUUGGCGCCUUACCAGUUUCUGACAGCUUUCUCUCAGUUGAUCUCCCGUAUCUGCCACUCCCAUGAUGAAGUCUUUGCGGUUCUCAUGGAAGUCAUUGCCAAGGUUUUUGUAGCCUAUCCUCAACAAGCUAUGUGGAUGAUGACUGCUGUAUCUAAGUCUUCCUAUCCAAUGCGUGUAAACAGAUGCAAGGAAAUCUUCAACAAAGCCAUUCAUAUGAAGGCAUCUUUGGGAAAGUUUAUUGGAGAUGCAGCUCGUCUCACAGAUAAACUGCUAGAGCUGUGUAACAAAGUGGUAGAUGGAAACUCCUCCACAUUAAGCAUGGGUAUUCAUUUCAAAAGUCUCAAGAAGCUGGUAGAAGAGCAGACCUUUAGUGAGAUCCUUAUUCCUCUUCAGUCUCUAAUGAUACCAACUCUUCCUUCGGUUCCUGGCACACAUUCCAACCAUGAUCCCUUUCCUGGAUGUUGGGCUUAUAUUGCUGGCUUUGGUGACACAGUUGAAAUUCUUCCAUCUCUUCAAAAACCAAAGAAGAUUACCUUAAAAGGUUCUGAUGGAAAGUCCUAUAUUAUGAUGUGCAAGCCAAAAGAUGACCUAAGGAAAGACUGUCGACUUAUGGAGUUCAACUCCCUAAUAAAUAAGUGCUUAAGAAAAGAUGCAGAAUCACGAAGGAGAGAACUACGCAUCCGGACCUAUGCUGUUAUUCCUCUGAAUGAGGAAUGUGGAAUAAUUGAAUGGGUGAAUAACACUGCUGGCUUAAGAAACAUCCUGAACAAAUUAUAUAAGGAGAAAGGCAUUUACAUGACUGGGAAUGAACUGCGGCAAUAUAUGCUUCCAAAGAUGACACCUUUACCAGAGAAGCUGAAAGUUUACAAAGAAACUUUACUUCCCCGCCACCCUCCAAUUUUUCAUGAAUGGUUUCUGAGAACAUUCCCUGAUCCUACUUCAUGGUACAGCAGCAGAUCAGCAUAUUGUCGUUCCACUGCUGUAAUGUCAAUGGUUGGAUACAUACUGGGCCUUGGAGACCGCCAUGGGGAAAAUAUCCUGUUUGAUUCCUUAACAGGUGAUUGUGUGCAUGUGGAUUUCAACUGUCUGUUUAAUAAGGGAGAAACUUUUGAUUUUCCGGAGAUUGUUCCAUUUCGUCUUACUCAUAACAUGGUCAAUGGGAUGGGUCCAAUGGGGACAGAAGGUCUCUUUCGAAGAGCUUGCGAAGUUACACUUAGACUUAUGCGUGACCAAAGAGAGCCACUAAUGAGUGUUUUGAAGACUUUUCUUCAUGAUCCUCUUGUGGAGUGGAGUAAGCCAGUGAGAGGCAAUACAAAAACCCUGGUGAAUGAAACUGGAGAAAUUGUCAAUGAAAAGGCCAAAACCCAUGUCCUGGAUAUAGAACAGCGACUGCAAGGUGUUAUUAAAAACCGGAAUAGAGUGAAGGGCCUACCUUUGUCAAUUGAAGGACAUGUUCACCAUCUUAUUCAAGAUGCAACUGAUGAGAAUUUGCUGUGCCAGAUGUACCUUGGCUGGGCUCCGUAUUUGUGAAAUGUCACCAUUUGUAGAUUACCUUCUAUAACUGAUUUUUUUUUAAAAAAUGUUGCAUUUUGGGGAAAAAAACUAUUUUAACAGUUCCUACGGUUUUUGCUUUCACAAUUUCUGCCAAUGUGGGCCUUCAGAUGUCCGUGCCUUUGUUUAUAGCAUUUUCACUUGUAUAUUUGAAAAGUCAUUUUAUAUCAAUAUUUGAAUUAACACAUUUGUUUUAAUAUUUGAAUAAAGCAUAUGAGCUGCUUGGUGCACUA